GGAGCAGCGGGACAGAGCUCAUCAGUCAGCGGAGGACCGCGCUGCUGGAGGCCGCCUCUCUGCCCCCUCCUCCCGGUCAGCUCUGUCUUCAUGGUCCCGGCUGUUCCCUCACCCUCCCCCCGCUCUCACAGACUGGACCUCUCCGUUCCCCCCCCGCUGUGCUCCUUCCCUCGGUGUUUGAAUGACGGGCGGCCGGUUCGACUUCGACGAUGGGGGGACGUACUGCGGGGGCUGGGAGGACGGGAAAGCCCACGGGCACGGCGUGUGCACGGGGCCUAAGGGCCAGGGGGAGUACGCCGGCUCCUGGAACAGCGGCUUCGAGCUGGUGGGGGUGUACACCUGGCCCAGCGGGAACCUGUACCAGGGCUACUGGGCUCAGGGGAAGAGGCACGGGCUGGGCGUGGAGACCAAAGGGAGGUGGAUUUACCGGGGGGAGUGGACCCACGGAUUCAAGGGUCGAUACGGGGUCAGACAGAGCCUGAAUACACCUGCCAGGUACGAGGGCACGUGGAGCAACGGGCUGCAGGAUGGAUACGGCGUGGAGACGUACGGCGACGGAGGUACCUACCAGGGCCAGUGGACCGGUGGAAUGCGCCAUGGUUAUGGCGUUCGUCAGAGCGUCCCGUAUGGUAUGGCCUCAGUUGUCCGUUCUCCUCUGCGGACGUCUCUGGCGUCCCUCCGCAGUGAGCAGAGUAAUGGCACAGUUCUGCGCGACAGCCUAUCCGACAGCCCUGCUGGGACACGUGGAGGCUUCGUACUCAACUUUCACUCAGACGGAGAGGGCUCGGAGAAAAAGAAGGGUCUUUUUCGCCGUGGUUCACUCUUUGGCAGCCUGCAGCGGCUCCGUAAAUCAGACUCCCGCUCCUCCAUUUCUAGUAAACGCAGCUCAGCGCACAGUGACACCACCAUGAGCCGCAUCAGCUCCAGUGAUGCCAACUCCACCAUCAGCUUUGGAGACGGGGAUGCGGGCGAUGACUACCUCCCCCUGGAGGACAACGUGGAUGCCACCACCACUGAGUCAUACAUGGGCGAGUGGAAGAACGACAAACGCUGCGGCUUUGGCGUCUCAGAGCGCACCAACGGCAUGAAAUACGAAGGGGAGUGGUUGAACAAUAAGCGCCACGGUUACGGAUGCACGAUCUUUCCUGACGGCACCAAGGAGGAGGGGAAGUACAAGAACAACGUGCUGGCCCGCGGCAUCAGGAAGGGUCUGAUCCCGCUGAAGAACACCAAGACCAAACAGAAGGUGGAUCGAGCCAUCGAGGGUGCCGUGAGAGCUGCAGCCAUUGCCAGAACCAAAGUGGAGAUUGCUAUCUCCAGAACAUCCCACGCCAGGGCCAAAGGCGACGCUGCUGACCAGGCUGCACAACUGGCUAAUCAGGACUCAGAUAUCGCUCGAGCUGUAGCCAGAGAGCUGUCCCCCUCCUUCCAUCAGCCAGGCCCAGACUACAUCAGACAGAAGUAUAACGAGCCGGUGGAGGUGAAGGAGGUGGUGGAGGAGAAGAAGGAGAAAUCUCCAUCAGGAAGUCCUCAUUUCUACAGGAAAGGAACCACACCCACCCAAUCCCCUUCUCAGAGUCCAGGCUCCAGCCCCCCACCCUCGCCCACGGCCGGUAAAAAGUCUUUUUUCAGCAGUAAAACUCCGGCAAGCAUCGCUCUGGCUGCUAAAGAGAACAAAGCUCCAACAGCCGAGUCUCUGGCAGCAGGUAUAACAAAGGCAGCAUCAAAACUCUCUCUCAGACAGGAAGUAAGGCAACAGGAAGCGCCUCCAGCAGCCAAACCUGCAGCUCCAACGACCACCAGCAGUCAGCCCAGCAAUGGUCAGAUUCACUCCCAGUACCACGGUUACUACGUCAAGGCUGAUGUCAAAGUACCGCCUCCUGAAGACCCAAUCGGUUUGGAGGAAGACUUCCAUCCGUCCAGCCUCGCACGCCUGCCGCCACCCGCCAAACAGAUUCUGGCACCAGCACCUAAACCUCUGCCAGCCCGGAGCCCUUCACCAGCUCCGCCCAAAGAGCCCGCCAAAGCAGCAGAAACCGCCAAGCCAAAACGCGUGGAGUCAAUCAAACCAAAGAGCCUCGCAGAAACCAAGAAAGCUAGCAUGGAGAUAGUUCCUGAAAUCAUAGAAGAAGAAUCAGGCCCUAACUCAAUCUUGGUGGCAUUGGUGAUGUUGUUGAAUGUAGGUCUAGCAAUCAUCUUUGUCCAUUUCCUCACCUGACCAAAUCUUAACUCAGUGGACUCAUCCAAACCAGGAGUCGCUAACUCUCCGUCAGCCACAGGGGCCUUUACAAAAAAUGCCGCCAGUCAAACGGCCGACACCAGCAGGACGGAGGACUGAAAAUAGACGAAGGAAGGAGGAGGAGGAGGAGGAGGAGUAGGAGGAGGUGUGAAGGGAGAGAGAACACAGUGAGGAGAGAGAAGGAAAAAGCAGAGAGAGAGAAAGAUGAAACUUCAACUAUCACCCACCCACCCGGCCCCCCUGGGGUGCAGGGUGGACCCUGAUUGGACUGGCGAUGAUUUGUGACUCCACUCAGAGCGCAGUGACAGCUGAAGCUAGCAGUCGCUGUUUAGAAAAACGGCCCCUGAGCCCCUCCAUCGCGGGCUGAAAUAGCAGGAGGCCUGCAGAGGAGAGUGAAUGGGAGCGAGUGAGCGCCGUAACCAUAAAUGCCUGUAACGUGUGUGUGCGAGCGUGCCUGCGUCGUGUGUGUGCUCAGCCAACUGUUCAGCUCGUUUGAAGCUUUGAAAUGCUGCAAUAAAAAAAGCUUGUGCGUCGUC